AUGAUUCCUCUCUCUCCAGUCUCACGAAAACGUUCUACGCCGUCACCGAGCGACGACGAUACUACUAUGGAUGAGCCCUUAAGCAAGAAGAGAUGCGUAGAAGCCACUCUUCCCCGAACGCCGCCACCAGAGGAGCCACUUAAUAUACACGUGGAUAGGACACUGUUCUUCGACGACGAUCCAAAGCAGCUCCUCUCACGAUCUGUCGCAAUUGCAUUGCAGCAUGUUGGCUUUGACGGGGCUACUCCAGAAGCCCUGGAAGCAUUUUGUGGAGAAGUUGAAGAGUACGCGGCACACCUCCUCUCCAAGGUGGCAACACACAUGAUCAAUUCAAGAAGAAUACAUCCUAUGCCGUUCGAUUUUGAAUACGCCCUUUCCCGAUUCGACCUACCACUUUUAUCCCUAGAACCACAUCUCAAAAAUCCCGUCGAUUCAUCUAAACUACACAUCCAACUUGAGGCAGACCCUCCAGAAGCGGGCAGUACAGUUUCCAUAGAUGCUUUGUUUGCAAACGAGCUCAGCGGAGCACCGGAGAAGAAGGCAAAGAUAUAUAUUCCGAAGAGAUUUCCCUCAUUUCCCAGCAAGCAUACCUACAGAUGGACGGAGAAAGAGUCUAGUCGCGAGACAGACCCGAGGAAGAUUCGGGAGGAAGCUUCUAAAUCAGCGAGACAGGGUGAAGAAGCACUUCGUCGUUUCGUUAAUGUGAGUAAGGCUGGGAAGGAGAAGAACGUCAAGAAGGCCGCAAGUAAAGAUCCGAAAAGUAAGGAGAGGCAUGAGUUAUGGGAGAAGACAAUGGAAGACUUCAUGGCUGGCAAGAGAAAAUCGGGGCUUGAGAAGCCAAAUGAAAACGAUGAUCGGAGCAUGAUCGUCAAUUCGGAUAGGGUGUAUUAUCGAAAAGGAGCGUUGGCGAAAAGGAAGCCCCCCGCAGAGAUAUCAUAA